UGUGUUAUGCCAGUAAUAUCGUAACACAACACAAAACAUAGCGGGUGGGACAAUAUUACCGAAUUACAGCGACUAGCACAGUGCACUAUUGGCGUCACCGAAGGUCUGCAAAGAUGGCACAGAAAAUUGGAGAUUUGCUUGGAAGAUUAGCUAAAGGACCCUCAGGACUUGGAAAAGGAGUUCAAUUCCUCAUUGGGGCAGGAGCAUUAGGUUAUGGAGUGAAAGAAUCAAUUUACACAGUGGAUGGUGGUCACAGAUCAGUGAUAUUCAGCAGGAUUGGGGGUGUACAGGAUAGAGUAUACGCUGAAGGGCUUCAUUUGAGAAUUCCAUGGUUCCAAUGGCCAGUUAUCUAUGACAUCAGAGCUAAGCCAAGGAGGAUAUCAUCACCCACCGGAAGCAAAGAUCUGCAGAUGGUCAACAUCACGCUCCGAGUUCUCUUCAGACCAGUCGCCUCUCAACUUCCCAAGAUCCUUCAGCAACUAGGUACAGAUUACGACGAGAGGGUCCUACCUUCAAUCUGUAAUGAAGUGCUCAAGGGCGUCGUAGCAAAGUUCAAUGCGUCGCAGCUGAUCACGCAACGUCAACAGGUGAGUUUGUUGAUCAGGAAGCAGCUAGUUGACAGAGCCAGUGAUUUUGGUAUCAUCCUUGAUGACGUUUCCAUCACAGAACUCAGCUUUGGUGCUGACUAUACGGCAGCGGUCGAGUCCAAGCAGGUCGCCCAGCAGGAAGCUCAGAGGGCCAUGUUCCUCGUAGAGAGAGCCAUUCAAGAAAGACAACAGAAGGUUGUACAAGCAGAAGGAGAAGCGGAAGCUGCUAAGAUGUUGGGAGAGGCAGUCUCACAAAACCCUGGCUACCUUCAACUGAGGAAGAUCCGGGCAUCACAGAGCAUUGCCAGAACGAUUGCCAACUCUCAGAAUCGUGUGUACCUCAAUGCCGGCAGUCUUAUGCUCAAUCUAACGGAAAAAGACUUUGCCAUCAGUGCACUAGAUAAGAAGUGAUUCUAUUCAGUUUAAUUCUAUAUAAAUAUAUUUUGAUGGUCUCUAUGCCAUUUGCUCUAGCAAUGUUUGCUCCAACAGUAAAUCUUCGCUUAAACUCAACUGAGAACUUAAUCAUACCCCCAAUCCUUAUCUCAUUAUUCUGAAUUAAAAAAAAAAACUCUCACCCAACUGUUAAUAGUAAUAUUGGGGGGUAUGUUGUUUGACAAAGCAUCAAUUCAUUCUUAAUUGUCAGUGUGCACAUGAUUUUUUACAUGCCAUCUCGUUAAUAGGCAGUAGAGCACAGCUCUCAUGCAUCAAUCUUAAGUGUGAUUAAGACCUAAAUCUUUGUGAAACUGCUACCCUUCCCUGUUGUCUUCCGAGACAUUUAGACAGGUUGCACGAGCAAAUGGUAGUUCACCAUCAAUUGAGAUGUUCAUAUUCACAAUGUGUAUUGUGUAUUGAUUUUGAUAUAAACUCUUGUAUUGCUUCAUGAUGUUAUUAAUUAUACCAAUUAUAAAAUCCAUCCAUACCCAAUUUAAAUUCCCCAUUCUUUACAUUAUCUGAAAGCCCGGACAAAGGAUUCGGGCCUGUGAGUGUGGGCCCACCUUUAGCACUGUGACAUGAAAGCAUGCAAUCAAUUAUGAAAAUAUCUUGCUGUAAAUCAAUGUCAGUUUUGUAAAAGUUACAAUAUACUACAUCCCAUGUGUUAAGUGUUACGUUGCAAUUCCUUAUCUGUUAAGUUCGAUAAUAAAACUAAGGCAUUAAUUUUUCCCUUUAAAAAUAAGGUGAUUGGGGGGAGGGGGUUUGGACAUGUGCAAAAAAAUCAACUUCAUAGAACUUUCAACGUACUGUAAUGUGCUAAAACUAUCAGAUUUUUCAAUCAGGCUCUUACCCUUUGCCUACUUGAAUGAGGAUGGGGAUCAAAUCAAAGCCUGAAAAUAAUUUCAGUUGUGAAACGAGGCCCAGACUUUCAACUUGUUAUGAUGUACCGAACGGGAAGCACACUUUCACUAAUCAUGUAUUCAUUAUACUGUGAAAAAUCUGUAUCGGAUAAUACAGAUGACAAAUCAAAAUUUUUUUAACAAAAAAGUAUUUGAUUUGGUGCAUAACAUUACACAUUUUCUGAAAGACAGUGAGUUUUCUGAUUGUGUGUAAAGUUUGUAUGAUUUUUUUUUACUUUAGAUAAGCAUUUUGUGUUUAAUACAUCAUAAACAAAAUUCUUUGAGUUUCUCAAUCAUUUAUUAAAUGAUUACCCUAAUAUUGCACAAGCUUUUCAAAUGUUUUGAAAGGAUUUAUAAUUUUUGAUAGGAAUUUAUGAUUGGUUUCAUUUUAUAGAACAUAGUGAUUUUAAUGGAAUAGUAUUUUCAUUGAAACAUACUGAACGCCUACCAUUUUCAGAUAUCUUGAAAGGUAACAACUCCUCUCAAGAUUGUGAAUUAUUGACCAAAAUACGGAUAAGGUUGUUUUGUUCUUUCAAUGCAUUCUGAUGUGUAUGGUCAUUGUAUAGCAAUCGGACCAUGGGGUUUGACUAUAAAUAACAUGAUAAUGUGAGUGUUUGAGAUCUUCUUGACAAAUACAUACUAUUAUGACCUAA